AUGGAAUUGCUGCCGCUUAUUAAUACGGAGCGGCCUGCUCGGCCGGGCGCGGCGCGGUCCAGGGCGGGCGCUGCCUCAGCGACGCGGGGCCGCAUAAUCCGAUUGGGCGAUCUGAUGCAGUCGUGGACGCCGCCCAAUGGGUGCCUCGUCGCCAGAGCUCGGCUGCUCAAGGGCAGCUCGGGCCUCCGGAUAACGGCUCUCUCUCGCAAGAAAAACAUCAUCGCCACUCUGGACCCCAACGUGUUCGCCAAAGCGUCGCCCAGCUUGUACCAGCUACAUUUGAGUGAUAAUCCGUUAGUGGUACAGGAUGGCCAACCAGUUCUUAAUCAUCCUCGGACACUGUUCCUGGCGAAGAGCGGCGUCUCCGAGGUGAGAGCUGGGGCCUUCUGUGCCACGAGCCUCAACGUUCUCUCCCUGUCCAACAACCCCCUGCGCCGGUUCGACGUGGCCGCCGUGGACAACGUCAUGCACAGGGGGUUCAUCGACGUCCACGACACCCCGCUGGCCUGCGCAUGCGCCUACGACGCGCUCUACCGGUGGGGCGUCGCCAACAACGUGUCCGUCGCGGCGCUGUGCGCCGGGGGCAGUGACUGCAAUAUACCGAAAAUAUAA